CCCGCUCCCCCCCCCCCCCCCCCCCGCCCCCCCCAGGAGCAAUAGACGGAUUACUGCUAACUGUGCACACGGCAGCCUGCAGCUGCUCUGACCAGGGCCAGCUCAACGUUGUGUGAGGAAACAAGAAGAACACAGAGGAGGAGGAGAGGAGAGGAGAGGAGAGGAGAGGGGGAUGACUGUGCCGGGAGUUCUUUAGCCUUUUUUUCUUUUUUUCUGUCUCUCAGUCUCUGUCACAACGAGGCUAAUCAGCGACCGACUAGCCCUUGGCAAAGUCACAGUGAGGGAGGUCUCUCCAGCAAAACGGGUGACCAGCCGACGAGCAAACACAUGUGUCAGGAGUCGACAGGACUGAGGAUUUUAAAAAAAAAAUUCUUUUUCAUUUUCCCCCCACUUCUCCUGUCCUCCCCUCUGCUGUCUUUGACUGCGCUAUGGAUCAUUGUGAUUUAUCCACAGUGGAGCUGCGUUUUGGAGUCUGCAGCCUGGCAGGGGGGCAGUUAGAGGGGGCAGAAAGGAUCCAGGCACCUACUAAGUCUUCAUGGCCUUACCUUUGCCUGUGAGUGUUAUUCAUGCUGAUUCCAGUCUUUAAUCGUAGGAGCCAUUUUGUACCCUGGGCUAAAAGAGGGGGCCACCUUACUUUUUCAGUGAGGGGAAGAACAAGACAAAAUUAGUCUUCUGUCUCUCCAUGGAGCGGAUUUAUAAAUUAACGUGAUGCAUGACUGUUGCUUUUAACGUUUGGAAAGAGGCGAAAAAAAGACCACUUCCAAACUAAUGAGCAUCUCCCUGCACUGUCGAUGGAACUUUGGAGCUGCGAGUCGCUCCAGCCGGGCUAAGGUGGUCUGUCCUCUGGUGUGUGCCGUCUCCCCCCACCAUGCAGAAUAAUGAGCCCUCCACACCAUGAGUCCUUUGGGCCAGGUUAGUGUGCAGCCUACCUGGAACGCAGCUCUGCUCGCCGUGAUCUCCCUCAUGGUGCCCACUCUCAGUAUGUGCCAGUCCACAGGCCUCGCGUUGGGCUCGGCUAACCCACAGAACUGCCCGGGCGUGUGCUCGUGCACUAACCAGCUCAGCAAGGUGGUGUGCACCCGCCGGAGCCUGAUCCGGGUUCCUCCGAACAUCCCAGCCAACACCAGGUACCUAAACCUGAUGGAAAACAGCAUAGAGACCAUACAGGCGGAUACAUUCAGGCACCUGCAUCACCUGGAGGUUCUGCAGUUAGGCAGGAAUGCCAUCAGACAGAUUGAGGUGGGGGCCUUCAACGGCUUGACCAGUCUUAACACCCUGGAACUGUUCGACAACCGACUGACGGUCAUACCCAGUGGGGCUUUUGAGUACCUGUCAAAGUUGAGAGAAUUAUGGCUUAGAAACAAUCCCAUUGAGAGCAUCCCCUCCUACGCCUUCAACCGCGUCCCCUCCCUCAUGAGACUGGACCUUGGAGAGCUGAGGAAGUUAGAGUACAUUUCCGACGGGGCGUUCGAGGGCCUUCACAACCUCAAGUACCUCAACUUGGGGAUGUGCAACCUUCGAGAGUUUCCUAAUCUCUCACCGCUGGUGGGAUUGGAGGAGCUAGAAAUAUCUGAGAAUGUUUUCCCCGAACUGAAGCCCGGGGCCUUUCGCGGGCUCAAGAAUUUACGCAAACUAUGGAUUAUGAACUCUGCGAUCACUACUAUCGAACGGAAUGCAUUCGAUGACAUCACGGCCUUGGUGGAGCUGAAUUUGGCCCAUAACAACCUGUCGUCUCUUCCUCACAACCUCUUCACUCCUCUGCAGUACCUGGUGGAGUUACACCUGCACCACAACCCCUGGCGGUGCGAUUGUGACGUCGUGUGGCUCUCCUGGUGGCUCAGAGAAUACAUUCCCACAAACUCCACCUGCUGCGGACGCUGCCACACCCCGGUCCACAUGAGAGGUCGGUACCUGGUGGAGGUCGAUCAGACCACCUUUCAGUGUUCGGCGCCGUUUAUACUCGACGCUCCGAGAGAUCUCAACAUCUCGGCGGCGAGGGUCGCAGAACUGAAGUGUCGCACUGCUGCCAUGAGUUCGGUCAGAUGGCUUCUCCCCAACGGCACCGUACUGACCCACGGCUCGGCUCAUCCGAGGAUAUCGGUCCUUAAUGACGGAACUCUCAAUUUCUCCAACGUUCUCCCGUCAGACACUGGUGUCUACACGUGCAUGGUGAGCAACAUGGCAGGGAAUUCCAACGCCUCGGCCUACCUAAACGUCAGCAAUGCUGAACUCAACACGUCUAAUUUGUCAUAUUUUACGACUGUGACGGUGGAGGUUUUGGAGCCCACUGUGGAGGAGACCCCCAAACCCAAGCCUACCAUCCCCGCUUCGCCCUCUGUGUUUCAGCCUGUCUUCAUCUCCACACCUACUGUGCUCUUCCAGAGCACUCAGACUCCAAGGCAGGUGUCGAUCCCUACUGCCAGAAUCCCUAGCGGGCCAGCCGCCAGCCUGGAUGAGGUGAUGAAAACCACCAAAAUCAUCAUUGGCUGUUUUGUUGCUGUCACCUUGCUCGCAGCUGCCAUGUUAAUUGCGUUCUAUAAGUUGCGUAAGCGGCAUCAACAGAGGAGCACGGUGGCAGCAGCCAGGACCAUAGAAAUCAUUCAAAUGGAGGAGGAAGUUCCUCCUGUUCCACCGCCCACCUCGGGAUCUAGCGGUUCGGACGACACGGUGUUGGUACUGCCGACAUUAGUUGAACACAACAGCAACACCUUUAAGCCUGGGUACGUGUCCACCUCCUCAGGCCGCCAAGGGAGCUAUGGAGCCCACUGGACCCAGAACAACUCUCUCCAUCGCUCAGUCAGACAGCAUCACAGCCACAUCAGCACCAUUACGGAUCCCUACGCCAUUAAGACUACCCAUGGCAAAGAGAAGGUUCAAGAGACCCAAAUCUAAGUAAUGCUCCCCUACAUGGAUCUAUCUCUGACUAUGCCCCAACCUCUCUUCACUCCACUGCUCACCACUCCAUGCAAUAGAAUGCACAAAGAACAAAAACGGUAACUUUCUUUUGUACAGAUGUGCAAAACAUGGACAGUUUUUUUCCUUUCUUGUACAUGCCUAUAUAUAAGUAUAUAAAUAUGAAAAGAUACAAAUAUAUAUAAAUGAAACUCCCGUCAAGGCAGUGGUGAGACAUGCAGAUUAUAUUAGAAAAGAAAGUAAAUUGAAACUAUUUUCUAAUAACUGGUGACUUCUAACUAAAAAAAAGAAAAAGAUAGUGAAUUGCUUUUGUGAUUGAUCUGCUCUUGGAAAAGAGGUUUUUAGUUUUUUUUUUGUUUUCUUUUUUUUGAGAAUAUUUAGGAUGCAGUAAACAACUCUUUAUAUGAACCAGUUUCUAAAUACAGCCCCACAUGUAAGCUCCAGUUUUUACUGUGCCAAAUAUUAUAUGCAAUAAAAUUGUAUUUCCAGACUUAGGAACAGAAAAAAAGACACACAAGCAAAAUCUAGACGGAUAGAAACAUUUGUCCAAGGAUAGCAGUAAUGGCACAGAUAGAAUGUGCUGUUCAGUAGCUAUCAGCCAAAUGCUUUUGGACUGCAGUGAAUUUCUGCAGCUAAGGUUUUAACCCCCUGUUUGCCGGAGCUAAGCUGCGUUUGACAGUGCCAGUGCUUCUUAGUUGUAGCGUAUCUAAAAAUGUUUAGUUAGUGUGCACAUUCCCCCACUGGUUUAACUGGCAAAGACGAAGUGCAGGCUAAUAACAGUUGUCGCAAAUACUUUGUUCUGUUAUUGGUUGCAUUUUCUAUUCCUUUUUUUCCUUUAGGUCUUACAUGCUUCUUAACGGCUUGUGUAGUGUUUAGGGCUAAUUUAUUAAUGCAUAACAGCAGUUGCCUGACUUGUCUCUGCAAGGGCUCAUUCCGAUGCUAAUUUUUUUCAAUGGAACAGACAUGCGGUGCAGUGAUACAGGUCUUUGCUGACCAUUCGGCUUUUGGAGGAAAAAAAAAACAAAACAGACAAUUGAAGUGAAACAAAAUGAAUGUCUGAUACUGGGGCUUUUCCAUGGACUACAUUGAAACAUGACUUUUGUUUUUUCUUUUAACAGUUUAUUUUGAGCAACACUAUUUUUAUGGAGAGACUAAGGAGGCUAUGAAAAAUAAAAACCUUUGGUUUGUAUUUCUCUAAUCAGAAACACUUUCAUCUGAUGCUUUUUCUUCUCUCUGAAUAUAUUUCCAUUUGUGUGUAAGCUGUUCAAUCGUAAAAUCUGGACACAGCAUUGUAAAUCGUAUCCUUCCCAAACCCCUCCUCCUCUUAUGGUCCUAUGCAUUUACUUAGUGUCUGCAUGAAUGGGUCUUUAAGUAACUGGUGUACAAUGCUGCAUUAUACCCCACAGUGGGGCUCUAUGCAGGUCAGAUAGGCUGUUGGUCUUUGAUGCCUCAGCUUAGUUCUUAACAUUGAUUAUUCAGUGACUGUGAAGGGGAAAAUACAUGUAUCCCACAGUUCAA